GCAGGGUUCUGGGCGGGGACAAUGGCGUCUCGGGCAGGCCCGCGAGCGGCCGGCACUGACGGCAGCGACUUUCAGCACCGGGAGCGCGUCGCCAUGCACUACCAGAUGAGAAUUCUACCUAUAAACCCAUUGAAUGCUCCCAGAAUGAUCUUCACAUCCUUCUCUCCAGAGUUUUGAAGAAUGACACGCUUUUUGGACUCUCAUUUUAUUCUCAUUAUUUUCACAACCCAGUGUGACCCUCAAGUAUGAAAUCAAGAAGCUGAUCUACGUGCAUCUGGUCAUAUGGCUGCUGCUGGUUGCCAAGAUGAGUGUGGGACACCUGAGGCUCUUGCCACAUGACCAGGUGGCCAUGCCUUAUCAGUGGGAGUACCCGUAUUUACUGAGCAUCGUGCCCUCUCUCUUGGGCCUUCUCUCCUUUCCACGCAACAACAUUAGCUACCUGGUGCUCUCCAUGAUCAGCACGGGGCUCUUUUCCAUCGCUCCCCUCAUUUAUGGCAGCAUGGAGAUGUUCCCUGCUGCACAGCAGCUCUACCGCCAUGGCAAGGCCUACCGCUUCCUCUUUGGUUAUUCUGCUGUCUCUGUCAUGUACCUGGUGUUGGUGUUGGCAGUCCAAGUGCAUGCCUGGCAGUUAUACUACAGCAAGAAGCUCCUAGACUCUUGGUUCACCAGCACGCAGGAGAAAAAGCGUAAAUAAGGAGGCCUGCCUGAUGGACUGUUCUGUGGGAGUGAAGCCUGGGUCUCCCACUGAGCAGAGUGAGACAGUUCCAGAAUCUUUGGUCUCUGCCCUGACAUGUUGGAAACUAAUGCAGUACAGCUCCAAGUUCACAAAAGCCCAUCCUGUUGCCAUCAGCUGAGGUGGCAAAACUAUUUUUAAUUUAUUUCUGAAUUGGGUUGCCUGGAACUGGGUGACCAACAGCUGUGAAAUACAUACUUGCCUUUAGCUAGUUGAAAUUGAGGCCCUUCAGAGUUUUUCUUUAAAACCGAGCCGCAUCCUUGCCUCCCUAUGGUCAUUCUAUCCAUUACCCCUUAGCCACCAAGACUGAAGGAGAUAGAAAAUAAGUUAAAUUCUACUUUGAUCUCUGUGCAGUGGGACAGGAAACACUUGGGAGGCUGCUCCCCCUGCUGACUGUGGUCUCUACUGCAAAGCAUUUUAAUUAAAGAAAAUCUCAAUGUUGAGUAUCUCAAUAAAGCAUGACUGACCUGUCCAUCCUGUGCCUUGUGUUUGGGAUUUGAUAGAGUGUGAAAGGCGUGUUGCGUGAGUGGCCUUGGACACUAAGAGAUGAGCAGAGGCUCCCUGAGGAGGCUGGCAGUGGCCAAACUGAAGUGGACUGGAGGUGGGGAACCUAAAUCAUAAUUCCAACCCUGCAGCUGAUGGGCAAGAACUACCAUGAGCCAGACGUUUAAUCUCUCCAUCUAUAAAAUGGUCCAUUCUCAUUUACUCAGCUUGGAUUAUGGAGUCUUAAUUGGGUAUUCAUGUGUAUCAAGUCAGUAUUAACAGUCAGUUAUGUAUCUAAUGCUGUAUUAUAGUGCCCAAAAGAAUUUGAGUAUCCUUGGUAGUAGGGAGCUUGCAAUCUAGGUGAAAUAUAAUAUACAUGUGAAACAAGUAAUGAACAUAGCACGUAAUGGUGUGGAGCAGAUAAGUUAAAAGUAAGUAGUGGCAAAGGCAAACAUAGACCAAGUCUUAUUAGUGGUUACCAGAGGUGGCAGGGAGAGGGAAGGAGAAGUCAUUACUUAAGGAACACUGAAUUUCUGUUAGUGGUGGUGGAGUAAUUUGGAAAUCUAUAGUGGUAAUGGUGACACGACAUGAUGCAUAUGAUCCAUGUCACUGAAUCGUACAUGUAAGAAUUGUGGAACGGCAAAUGCUAUAUAUUUACCGCAGUGAAAAAAAAAUUAGUGGAAAGAUAUCUGUGAUUAUGCUAAAAGCCCUUCCUCUCACCCCUAAAACCCUGACAGUAUUGCAUGUGGGAUGUGUACUUUUGUUCUUACCCACCUUGACUUUAUCAUCUCUGAAAGAUGCCCAGAUCUACAAUGGCAGGUUUGCCCUCUUCAGAGUUUUAGUCAUGCUUUUGUUCGAUAAACAUCCUGUAUGUACUUAGUCACUGUCUGGUACUGGCAGUACUUCUAACUUCACAACCUCUCUCUCGAUGUCCAGAUUAUCAUCUCAAACUCAUGUGUCCAAAACUUAACUCUUUGCCUUCUACCUCACACCCAUUUCUCCUGCAUCCCUGUGUACAAGCAAGUGUGCAAAAGCACUGCUCUGGUUCAUUGUCUGUUCCAUAAUCACCGAGUCCUUACUAUGUGCCAUUAUUUUUGGAGCAACCAAAAUUCCUUAAUCUCAGAGUUUUCCAAAAUGUGGUUCCAGUUCAUCUGGUCAGCCUUAUCUCCUGAUACUCACGUUCACACACUAUCUUAGUCAGCUGAACCUCUUAUAGAUCCCUGUAUGGGUUUCAUGUUUUCCCUGUUUCUUUCCUUAAAAAAUUCCCUUUCCUCCUUUAAUACUUCUUUACUACUUAUAUGUUGGGGUCCAGCUCAUAUGCUGAUUAUGUUUCCUUCAAGGAGUGAGAGUUCUUUCUCUGAAUUCAUAUGACAUUUUGAUUUUACUUCUGAUUGACAGAAUUAUUAAUUUGCAUAUUUUUCCUCACCCUUUGCUCAAUGCCUGGCUCAUAGUGUGCACUCACAUUUCAUUGAAUGGAAUAACUUGCCCUCAUAUAAGCUACAGUCAGAAUGUAUUUUACUGAAUAAAGAUUCUAGCAGGGGGUGAAAUUUGGAGAAGCAGAGGAGCAGAAUGGAAAUGUGCGGGUGUGAUGGUUAACAUGUGUCAACUUGGCUGGGCCUUGAUUCUCAGUGGCCUGGCAGUUAUGUAAUAAUAUGGUUUGUCAGUUAUAUAAUGGUGUAAUUUGGCAGUCAUGAUGUAGUUAUCCAUUUUGUGGUGUAAUCACCACCAUGAUGUGAUCUGAUGUGGUCAGCCAAUCAGUUUCAAAGGGUGUUUCCCUGGGUCUUAGGCCUGCAUCCAGUAUAUAUGAACAUCUUGGCAAAGUUUGGAUGGCUUUUGCUCACUCUGGAUCCUGCAUCUGGCUUGUCACCAUAUGACCUCUGGUUCCUGGGACUUGAGCCAGCGGCCUGCUAAUCUUGGGA